GUCUGGCUGCUGUACGUCUCUGUGUCCAAGUGCUUCUCCGCUACAUACAGCUGCUCUAGAGACUUUUGCUCUUACAAAGUUUAUCAUUAAUUUACGGAUGGUGAACUUUUCUGUGGAGUUUUUGUUGAGUAGUAAUUGUCUUGGUUGUGAAAAACGACGUAAAGAUCCGUGUUUCCUCGAAGCUAUCAUGCUGAACACCGAGGAAAGUUCCUGGUUAGCGGGGUCUCGGCUGCCUUGCUCCAUCCCUCAGGCUCCAGGGCCUCUGUGGUGUUCCGAUGCCCCUCACCCACAGCUGAAGAUCCCGGGUGGGCGAGGGACUGUCAGGGAUCACUCUCUCGGCGUGCUACUACACAAGGAUGAGAAGUUAACAGUAACGCAGGCCGCUUCAGUGAGUGGGAACCCCUCUCUUCUCCACUUCCACUACCAGCUGAGUGAACGCCGCUCAGCCUUCUGGGAUACGGCUCUAUCAGAGGACAGCCUUUUCCUGGAGAUCCCUGUCGGGCCACUGGCGGAGGGGAGCAAGGAAGGGCUAACCGCUCUGCUCGAGUUUGCGGAAGAGAAGCUCAAAGUUAACUAUGUGUUCCUGUGGUUCCAUAAAAACAGAGAGGAUCGAUUGUCCAUCAUCAAGACGUUCCACUACAUUGGCUUUGAGAUGGUGAAGCCGGGCAAUCCCAUGGUACCGGCCCGGCCUGAUCUGGCCUUCAUGAUUUACUCUCUGGACAACAGCAGCUCAGACGAGGAGUGACUGCCACAUGAUCUCCUGACACCUCCCUCCCUCACUCACCCACCCUCCCCUCCCCUAAAAGAAACAUGCCCUCUAUCCUUGUUUCACUCAUGCAAUCGAACCCGCCUCCACUCUCUCGCUUUGACACAAACCCCUCCUCCCCCUCAGAAAGCCUUCAUCACUGACUGGGAGGUGUCACCCUUCCCUUUUUACAGACUUGUCAUUUAAGGGGGUGUUUGAGGUGGUAGGAUUUCCAUGUGACGCAGACACGCCCACCUCCCCCCUUUUCCCUUCCCUGUGGAUAACUGCAGAUUGGGGGGAAAUAAGGGAACGAUGAAGGUUGAACUAAGUCGUCACAUGCGCUGUGGGAUGUGGGCUUUCUUUUCUUCCUGCUUGGUGGUUCCUCAAACAACUGUUAGACGUUCAGGAGAAGGGGGUUUUAUAUUAAAAUUCAGCAUAUCUCUCAUCUGACAGCUUCUACCUUUUAAAAUAAAAGACUUUGGUUUGUCUUUGUGUAAUGUAUGCCAUGCAAGCUGUGUUGAUGGGGGUUAAAGGAGGGAAUUAUGGUUUUUGGUAUAGUUCAUAAAAUGAUGUUUUGCUUUAUAAUAUAGAUAGGUGAAAGCCUGAUCUGUUACAUUUAACAUUAAAGCACAUGUAAACAUUUCUUUAUACUUCUUCCUGAAAUAUGUCAACACAUCAUUCCAGCACAUGCCACUCACUUUGGUUUUUUUUUUUUGUUUCAUCUGUCCAAAACCAUCUUGCCACAAAUGUGGAAAUAUGCUGCGAGUCGCUCCAGAUGUGUCAAAGCUAAGACGCAGUGUGUUGAAUGUCGCAACAGGGGUAACGCCUUCUCUCCUGCAGUAACUCCAGUGUGAGUUAUUGACGUGCCGGAGAGGAGAGCAACCUCACUGUUGUUCCACUUUGUACGUAACGAACAGAAACAAACACCUGCGAGGUUAUUUUUUCAAAGAUCAUAAGCUGAAUAAUUGCAGGUGUGAGGUGGUGAGGUUUAAAGCUCCACUUGCUGAUAUUUUCCAUUAAAAUGUACACAUGAUGUUUAAAUCUUGUGAAGCUGUAACCCCGGUUUGUGGAUCUCAUUUAUCGCCUCUACACUCGAGUCACAGACCUAAGCGUCUGAAAUUACCCUAAUUACCCAUCGAUCUUUGAAAAACCUAGACGGUCAUUUAACAGCAUUUAACAACUUGCUUCCUUGUAAGUUGCGGUUGAAUUUCUUAUCCAGGAUGGUCAGACGUCACAGGCACAAACGGGCUGGUUGAGCUUCAUUCAGCCCUGUAGAGCCAGUCAGUAAUACUAUGCUGCACCGGUUGAAAGCUCGAUUGAAAAGGGGCUUUUUGUGCCUAAAAGAGAAGAGUGCAAUGUUAAUAUUUUUUACUCUUGAGUCUUAUUGAGGAAUGUGUUCAUUUUACUUUUAUUUUUUUUCCACCCAUGUGGAUUGAAACCCAUGCUAUGUGAGGAAAUUAGCUCAUCACAGGGUACAACCAGAGAACUUCAGGUGAUUGACAUAUAUGCAAUUGGAGUUAAAAUGCAGGAGGGAUCCUGCAAAGGUUUUUUUUUUUUUUUUUUUUUUUUGUACUCUUAACAACAAAACGCCAAAGAAUCCAUUCUGUGUCUGCUGUCAAUUCAAACCCUCUUGCUUUUAAAAUGUAUCUAAUUUAAACCUAGUGUGGUAUGUAAAGCAUUAUUAACCUACAUUCCCCAUGCCAGCCAUACUUCACACCUCAGAGAAACAUGGUGGUAGUCUGUUCAUGCUGGGGUUGGGACGGGGUGGGGUUUUUUUGUUUUUUUUUUUCUUCUGCAUGUGUUCAGAUCAUAUGAGUCUUCAUUGCUACUGAUUGAGCCCUGACUAUAAGCUGUUAGGAAAUGUCAAUAUUUGAAUUUUCUCAGAGGUAUAUUUUUAUGUAUGUAUAUUUCUCAAACAUUUAUUGUGAUAGUUUAGGGAUUUAUUUUUUGUUUUCAGUGACUAGUUAGCAGCCAUUCAGUGACAAUCCACACUUGUAUACUCUGGAAAUUUUUGUCUUGGGGUGGGAAAAAGACAAUAAAAGUUAAUAUCUAAA